UUGAAGCGCAGAUACAGACCGGGUCCCUGUCUUCCUCGUUUGGCGCCUUUAGUUCUGCAUCUGGUCCGAGAGCUGAGCCGGAAGCAGCUGCCGCGACUCAAGGUGAAGAUGGCGAGCGGCUCGGCUGCAGGUGAAGACAGUGAAGUGCUCCUGCUGCUUGAGGAGUACUGCUUCAAGAGGUCAUGGCAGAGGUCAAGAGGAAGGUCACAGCGGAGGCCACAGCUGAUGUCAGGGGGGGGCGCAGCACGUCUGGAGGGUGGAGGUGACAACACAGCACCCUCCUUCUUCUCCACCGUCCUGAAAGUUCAAGCUCGAAAAGGAUUCACCAGUUACCAGGGGGGGUGGGAGGCCGACAGCGCUGAGGAAAAACAUGACGCGUCUCAAACCAGAAGUGCAGCGGUGGAGCAGCUGGUGCAGAUCACUGAAUCAGCACUGGUCCCUGAAGUGUACGUGGAAAGCCAAGAUGAAAUCAUCCAGAAGCUGGUGGCCCUGAUGAUGACGUUUGGAGACGACAUUGAUAAGAAGAUCCAGCAGAGCCCAGUCCUCCAGCAGCAGCUCUGUAACAUGAACUACGACCUGUUUGAGAAGCUCACCUAUAGUGUGCAAAACCUGGUGAACCGGCCGGGCCGGGCCGCGGCGUCCGAGGAGCGUAUCCAGCAGCAGAACAUCGCCUGGGCCUUUGAGGUGACCAGCAGGCUGUCGGCCGUGGGCAUCGUCCAGCGGAGGAGAGUGCUGAGCUUUGGAAACAGAUACAUCCAGCAGCACCACGCCGCCUGGGUCCAGCAGCACGGAGGCUGGGAUGAAGUGUUUGCUGUCGACUGAGCUGCUCAGACCUACGAGAAAAAACCUCCAUUUACUCCAGAGGUGGAAAACUUGUCGUCCAGUUUCUUUUUCACUCGUUUCUUCAUGUUUGUGUAAAACUGUGACCAGUGUGACAGAGAGGCGGUGUGAUCCCUCAUGUUAUCACUGACUCCUGCUCCUGCUGGAGAAGGUCUGUUUUACUGUGACGGGGUUUUAUGAUAUCAGUAGCUGGUGCACAGACGACCUGUGCAGCUAAUUAGUCUUAAUUAACCCCAGCUUUCCCGCCUCAUUACCACCAGCUGAAACAGCAGUCAGUGUUUGCAUGUCCAACAACAGAGAAUCUUUAAACGAGUGUUUCCUACGGUGGCCCUGAGAGGUCAAAGCACUGCAGCUUAACAAAACACAAACAUCUUCAUCAGUUAGACGCAUGAGCUGCAAAUAUUCACAACACAACAGGAAGUGUUUCUAGGGGACACUAAAAAGUGACGGACCUGGUUCAAGCACACUUGUUCAAAGCUUCCUGACUUGUGAAGUUAUAUUAGCAUUAUGUUAGCGCUGUUGGAGAAUGAGCUAAAGGUGUUUGGUUUAUUAUAAUGUCAAUAUCCCGUUGCAUGUUUACAAUAAUAAGUUCUAAUCUAAUUUUAAGUGUAUUUAUUCUAUUGUAUUAUUCUAGUUUUUAUUGCUGAGUUGAUUCUUGUCCAAUACAUACCACCUUGUGAAACCUACAGAUGACAAACUGAACAUGAACUAUUAUUGCAAAAAUGUGCCGUUAGCUUAGCCUUCGGGUCCGUCACUUUUUAUUGUCCCCUGGGAACACUUCUGUUGCGUUGUGAGUAUUUGAAGAUGAAGAUGUUUUCUGAAGCUUCAGUGUGUUGAGCUCUCAGGGCCACCAUAGUUUCCAGCUGUGUGUGUGUCCAGAUGUGAGGCUGCACAGCAGUAAAUAGAUGUGAUGAAGAAAAACAAAAGAAGACAAAGGAAUGUCAAGCAACAACACACUGAAUGUUUUUAAUGCGUCACUUUUACUCCUGGUUCUGAUGUUUCAUCAUCGUCACAGUCCGUCUGCUUCACGUGAGAAGUAACUGACGUCAGUUCAGUCCACAGGAAAUAAAGACUCUGCUGGUCUCAGGUCAGUCCUGAUCUCAGUGAUUAAAUAAAGGUCAGAAUUAAACUUUCAUUCAUUUCAUCAUUCAGAUCAAUAAUUGAAGUUUGUGAGCGUGUUAUCGUUCUGAAAGAUAAAGUGUCUGCAGCUGUUACUUCACUGGACGAGGACAUGUCCAAUGUUCUGUCUCUUCACUGAAUCUUUAUAUGAUAAUUUUCCACUUUUAACUGAUAAAGGCAGAAAUAAUCUGUGGAUUAAUGAAACAGGAACCAGUCUUUCCAGUUUGGGCUCAGCUGGUCACGUUUUAUUUUACUGGAGGGUGAAACAGUUUCAGCUACAGGUCAGAGAAGCAACAUGAACACAGGUGACGUUCUGCAGAAGCGUUG